CCCUUGAAUCUUAUAAUAUAUAUAACUAUAUAUAAGUGCAUCCAUGUGAGGAAGAAAAACAGAGACAACAAGUAAAAAUUAUUUCUCCAAUGAUGCCAAUAAUUAUGUUGUUGCCUUUUCUUCUUCUCUCUGCAGCAGAAGCUCAACAACAACAAGGGACAUCCAAUGUUGUAAAGCCAGGCUUUUCGUUGACACCUAAGACCAACCUCCUUUCACCUUCCGGUCUAUAUGCCUUUGGAUUCUACGAGCAAGGCGACGGUUAUGCUGUCGGCAUUUUUCUUGCUGGGCUUCCACAGAAGACAGUUGUUUGGACUGCCAACCGAGACAGCAGCACUCCACUUCCUGCUGAUGUUAAAUUGGAAUUCAGAACUGAUGGACGACUGGUUCUGCAUUCGGCACAAAUCAAGGAGACACCCCUCGACAUUUCUUCAGAUGGUGCCAGCUCAGCAUCGAUGCUUGACUCCGGCAACUUCGUUCUCAACAACUCUGCUAAUCGGAUACUAUGGCAGAGUUUCGAUCACCCAACCGACACCCUUUUACCAACUCAAAAUCUUCCCAAAGGACAAGUGUUGUCUUCCAGUCUUUCAAAAUCUAACCAGACAAGGGGCAAAUUUCUUCUUUUGAUGCAACAAGAUGGAGUUCUCGCAAUGUACCCAGUUGACACUCCAUACACAGACGUUUAUGGUUAUUGGACAUCUGUUGAUUGGGGAUCUGUUGUUCCAAAUACUAUAGGACUUCCCAAAGUAAUAGACGGGAUACUAACACUUGAUGGCGAUGGCCAUCUCUAUUUGUUCAAUGGCAGCGGCAAUUAUACACUGAAUCCGGCAUCAGGAAAUUCUACAGAACUACUCUACAGAUUGACCAUUGAACCCUAUGGGAUCAUGCGGCUACACUCACACGAUAUGACUCAGACUGGAAAUUGGACACUCAAAUGGUCUAGGCCAGAUGACGGGUGUAAGCCUAAGGGUCUAUGUGGCCUCAAUGGAUAUUGUGUAAAAGAUCCAGACGUUGAUUGCGAAUGUCUUCCUGGAUAUGUACCGGUAAAGGAAGGUGAUUGGUUCUCAGGCUGUAAGAUGAAUUUUCCUGCGGAAAGUUGCCCAGCAAGUUCCAAAUCCAAAUAUACGAUGAACGAGUCUAAUACCCAAUGGAUAAAUGAUAAUGAUUCGCCUUUCAAAUCUUUUACCCCAGAGAAUUGCAGUGACGCAUGUUUGCAGGACUGCAACUGUGUUGCUGCGUUUUUCAAAGACGGCGUGGGGGAGUGCACAAAACAGAGCCUUCCUUUGCAAUUUGGGAGAACAAACAGCUCAACUGUAGCCUUCAUCAAGGUAGGUACAUCUACACUCCCAAAACCAGGCAAGAAAGAGCACAUCCUUAUUAUUAUCGGUGUUUCGUUAGGUGUUUUUGCAUUUAUUGUCUUGGCAAUUUCUGGAUUUGGGAUUUACAAAAACCGUGUUAUGUUGUAUCAAAUGAUGCCUAAAAAUGGAAACAUUGAGUUGGGUGUGGAUGUUGCUCCAAAAUCAUUCACCUACGCACAACUUGAGAAUGCGACUCAUGGUUUCAGCAAGGAGCUUGGUAGAGGAGCAUUUGGAACAGUAUAUGAAGGGGCAAUUUCAAACGGCCAGAUCAAGGAGACUGUAGCCGUCAAAAGGCUAGACAGAUCAAUGUUGGCCGAACGGGAGAGAGAGUUUCAUGCUGAGAUGAAAGUUAUUGGGAGAACACAUCACAAAAACCUUGUCCGUCUACUGGGUUAUUGUCACGAUGGACUCAACAGGCUUUUGGUGUUCAAGUACAUGAGCAAUGGGUCGCUUGCAGAUAAACUCUUUACACCUGAAAAACAACUUUCUUGGGAUAAGAGAAUGGAAAUCGCUUGCAACAUAGCGAGAGGACUCAUUUAUCUCCAUGAAGAGUGUGAGCCACAAAUCAUUCAUUGUGACAUAAAACCUCAGAACAUACUCAUAGAUGAAGAUGGAUGCGCAAAAAUCUCUGACUUCGGAUUGGCAAAGUUGCUAAAUGUUGCACAAACCAGAACUUUCACCGAAAUUAGAGGAACACAGGGAUAUAUUGCCCCAGAGUGGCGUCAACAACUGCCCGUGACAGACAAAGUAGAUGUGUAUAGCUUCGGAAUUGUGCUGCUGGAGAUUAUAUCAUGUCGAAAGAGUAUGGACUCUAAUCUUCCAGAGGAAGAAGCUAAUCUUAAAGAGUGGGCAAACCAUUGUUUUAACAGUGGUGAGCUAGGUAAACUAGUGAAUAAUGAAGAGGUUGACAAGAGAGAAUUGGAGAAAAUGGUUAAAAUAGGACUUUGGUGUACUUCGGAUGAGUUUCCACUCCGCCCUUCAAUGAAGAAGGUUCUACAUAUGUUGGAAGGGAUUGUAAAUAUUCCAGUCUCUGCAAGUCCGGCUUCUUCCCUAAUUAGCUUCUGAAAUGUGUUUUAUAUUCUAGUGACAUGUCCUAAUUAAAAUUUUUCUUUUGAGUGUACUUAUCUAGCUUGUAUCAAUUAUGUGAGUUUUUCUUUUGUGUGGCAUUUUGAAAUGCAUUUGUGUGCAAUAAAGAAUUUUCUUAUCAAGUUGUCUAUUUAAACAAAAAGGAAUAACAUAUAAUUCUUGCCAUCUUGAAUAAUGAAAUCCAUGAGAGCUUAAAAUACUAUUAACACACAGAGAAACAUAAAGGGAAACAAUAGAAGCAGAGCAUAUAAUAAGUGGUUAAAGAUGUAGCAGCGGUUGACUUGACAACCUCAAGAAGAGAAGAAAAGUUGAUGAUGAGACAAGUGCCGUCGCCUUGUCUAAACGGUCCGCCGCUCUGCUCUGUCAAAGCAGUGCUUAGCUUCUGAAGUCCAUCAUACCAUACCUCUACUAAAAUUUCAAAAAAGUGGAGAAGGAUCAUUUCCCUUGAAGAAAACUACUGAUUCCUCAUCACCCUUUGCAUUUUAUAUCACCCAUUUUCAGUGUAAAGAGAAAACUGUGAGAGAUAAGAGAAGAAACAGAGAGAGAGAGAGAGGGCCUCCAUGGAGAGCUAGACUGCCAACAUUUUGCUCUGUUCCUUUGUUUUUUAGUUUAAGCUAAAUAG